AUGUUAGAAGAAUUUUGCUUAAGUCAUGAUUUUAACAUUCAUAAAACCACAAAAAACAUCCCGAGGGCAACCAAUCAAAAAUUGAAACAAAAGGAUGAGAAAUGGAAGAAGUUGAAAUGGAAAUGUUUUAUGCAAUGGAAUGUAGAAAUUUUUUUAUGGGAAUCUUAUGAACUAAAGAAGGUGAAACGAGAUGUUGAAGUAGAAAAUAUUCUUAACUGUUCUUCACGCAACAUUAGCAGUAAAUGUACAGCAUCUGGAAGUUCAUAG